AUGUAUGUAGUUACACAUAAUGUGAUAUUCUUUUUAGAAGACGAGAUUGAUGACAGUUUGUCUUCAGAUGAAGACGAGAAUGAUGUUGAAGGUGUUGCUUCAAAUCCAGCAGCUGUGCCGUAUCCGAAAGACAGUGAGUGGACUGCAGUUGACACCUACCGACCUCUGCCUGUCAACACGACACCCAGGCAGAUACUAGUGGAUAUUUUGCGAUUGUUGUCUGACAGCAGCUUGCUGAACAAAGGCCACACUGUGUAUUUAGAUCGAUUUUAUUCCAGUCCAGAGCUAUUUCAGCAACUGGCAGAGAAAGGCACUGGAGCUGUUGGUACUGUGAACAAAUCCAGGAAAGGAUUGCCUAAAGAUUUAGUAUCUGCUAAGCUGAAAAAGGGCGAAAUGUCUUUUCGGCGUAAAGAUAAUGUAUUGGCAAUGAAGUGGAAAGAUAAGAGAGAUGUGUAUACAUUGUCUACAAGGCAUCAAGCAACAUUUGGUACGCAUACUAAGAGAAAUGGGUCUGUAGUAUUGAAACCACUUCAGGUACUUGAUUACAACCUCAAUAAAAUUGGAGUGGAUAUUGGAGACCAACGCCUGCAGUACAAUCCGUUCCAGCACAGAACUGUGAAAUGGUGGCGAAAAUUAUAUUUCCAUUUGCUGCUUAUGGGAGUAUCAAAUGCAUUUUGGCUGUACAAUGCAGUGCACAGGAAGAAAAUUACAAUAACAGACUUUAUAACAGUGCUUGCAGUUCAGCUUGUUGAAGACGACACACUUGAAUUCAUUCCAAGAAAUGAAGGAACUGUAGGUCGGCUAACAAAGAGACAUUUUUUGCAGCACAUACCUGCAACUACUAAGAAGUAUGCUGCUCGUGUGUGUCACGUGUGCAGUUCCAGGAGCAAGAAACAGAGUGGCAAGGCUUCUCGCAAAGAGACACGAUACGAAUGUGAACAGUGUGGCGUUGCACUCUGCCUGGAACCUUGCUUUAAAAUUUUCCACACUAAAAAACAAUAUGAUUCUGUGUGA